AGCAAACGGACACUGUCACUCAGACCAUCAGCUGGUGGCCAGUCAGUGUGCAGAGAGUCUACUAGAACACCACAAGAAUUUAAUCGUUGCUACAAUGUUUAAUGUGGCAAGGACAGCGUCUAGGAACAUUUAUGCACGUCUGUUUAACAACAGUGCUUCGUUGCAGGCACCAACUGUGGCCGUAGUACUGUCUGGAUCAGGAGUUUAUGAUGGUUCAGAAAUUCAUGAAGCUUCUGCUGCUCUUGUGAGCUUGACACGCAGUGGAGCAGAUGUCAUCUGUUAUGCUCCUGAUGCUCCACAGAUGCAUGUUAUUGACCAUACUAAGGGCUCUCCAGCUGAAGCAGAAACUCGCAAUGUACUAACAGAAUCUGCCCGUAUUGCUCGUGGAAAUGUUAAACCAAUUACAGAAUUGACAAGUGGGACGGCAGAUGCUGUUUUCUUUCCAGGGGGAUUUGGAGCUGCAAAAAAUCUAUCUGACUUUGCAGUUAAAGGAGCAGAUAUGACUGUCAUCAGUGAAGUAGAAAGAGUCAUUAAGGAUUUCCACGGUGCCAAGAAACCCCUCGGUUUCUGUUGUAUUGCCCCAAUAUUAGCUGCUAAAGUUCUCGGUGGCAGUGGUGUUACUGUUACUCUUGGCAAGGCUGAUGAUGGAUCUGGAAAGUGGCCAUAUGCAGGUUCCAUUGAGGUAGCUAAAGCUUUGGGGGCUACUACAGUUGAGAAGGCAGUUGAUGAAGUAACAAUUGAUGAAGCCAAUAAAGUUGUGACUUCACCAGCUUUCAUGUAUGAGGGCAAGUUUCAUGAGAUACAUGACGGUGUUUCCAAGACCAUCAAUGCUCUUCUUGGCAUGAUCAACAACUGAAGAGAUUGUAUUCGUUUAAACUUAAAACAUUACGACAGCAGAUACCCUUUUGUGUUAAUAAAAGUUAUGUAAUGACAUUGUGGAACUGAUAUUGUUAUUGAAACAGGAUUGGAUAUGAUUUACUCUGAUCACAGACAUAGAACACCUUACUUACUUUAAUCUUAUCUAAUAGGAAUGUUUUGAUUGCUGUAGCUGCAGACUGGUAAUGGUUGUUCUAGGGCUGAUACUGAUCCUGUAGUCAGGGUUGCCAGACUUCCUAAUGGAAAAAAUCACCAGUAUUAUGUUAGAAAAUUGCCAGGUAAUUUUGUUCUGCGCUUUUCUUAGAAAUUUGAUAAAAUAAUAAUUAAUAAAUAUUAAUGAGUGAUGCUUGGGGCCUGCAGGCUCCAACCCAAUUUGCUUACAGUGUGAGAGGCUGGAGUAUGACCAUUAGGCUAUUCAGUUCUCUAAUCCAUUCAAUGUGGGCUUAUGGUUCAGCCCCUUUCUUUUUUUUUGUGGUGAUUUUGCUGUAUACAGUAUAUUAUGUCCUUUUUGAAUAAGCUAUGCACAGUUGUGAAUCAGAACACUAUUGUUUACAAACAUCAGUACAAUAGCUCUCAGUGACAAGGCUGGCUUGUUAUGGCUAACUUGGAUUUUUCUCACAAGACAUGUUGUACUUCUGUCUUUAUGGAAGAGUAUGAUAGCACUGAUUUUUUCUAAAUGUGUCACACAGGGAAGGGUGCUGGGUCCUAGUAAGCAUUAUGGGUCUCUGGCUUCAUUGAGAUCUAGUGCCUAAAAUAUACAGUAAAUGGAUAUAUGGUCCAUUAUCAAAGAGCCAUGUUUAAAGGACUGGCCAGGUGCAGUAGUUCAGUGAUAAAUCAUGAAGCCCAUUCUGUGAGCUUAAAUUUAAGCUUUACUGGUUGAGGUUUGGUAUGUUCUGCUUUACUGAUGUGCAGGUGUUAUUCGCAUUUCAUGAAAUGUAUAAACCUAUACUCUGCAUGUACACUCGCACCAAAAAGUAUCGGUGCAGGGUGAGAUUGACGAGUUCCGAAACGAUACAUAUACACUGAUAUGUCGGGAAUGUUGGCAAGUGUAUCCUCAUAAACCCCCCCUCCACUAGGUGUUGCCAUAUGGCUGACAAUCAGGGCUGCCAACAUACGGCUGGAACAACUCGCCUUUCCCAAUACCUAUCGUCACUGGUCUCAAAUUGUUCACACUACAGUAUGCACCGAUACUUUUUGUUGCGAGUGUACCUGUGGUCUUGGUAAAAAGACCUUUCAGGGUCACUUGAUGUAAGACUGGCCCCAUUGAAAUACCCACAGUGCUUAAUAAGAUGAUCAGGUAUUUAAUUCAUAAUUGAAUUGGUUAGUCCUUUAAAGCACUGGGUAGCUCACUUGUAACACCUGUCUCUCACACUGUUCAAGAGCCUUGCUGGUUGAAGUUCAGUUUUAAGAAAAUUUAAAAUAUCCCUGUGCUGUAUAUUAUUUUAAAUUUUCUAUUACAGUGUACAGUAAUUUGUGAUAUUACGAUAUAGUAGUGGCACAUUCAAAAAUCCUAAUUGUUAAUUAUUAAAAUAUCCUUGUAAAACAUAUCUUGUAUAUGAAAUGAAUGUACUGUAUGUACAGUAUUGAAGAUCUUAA